GCGGGGGCUGAUAAAGCGUCGUGUGCCGCGUAGCCAUUUCAAUAAGAGCCGCGGAAGUAUCGAGAAAAAAGGAGCGAGAUAAAUACAUAGCACGAGUAUUUUGAAUUUGUUUCUGUCCAGUCGCUAAUCCCUGUCCUCUCGCCGUUUUCCGGACUCACUCGAGGCUCUUACAACAGUGUGAACCUAAAAAGUUCGUGAUUUCUUUUCUCCAACUUUUUUCUCCUUUUCUCCGAGGAAAGGAUAAAGUUUGAGGUUACAGGUUGAGUUAAACCGUCUUUAAACUUGUCGUCACAGCAUAUUCGAAUUUUUCGAGAUGGAUGAAAUAUCGCCAAGAGCAUAUCCACUAGCUGGCUCUACCUUGACAACAAGGAUAUUAAACUUAGUUCAGCAAGCAUAUAGCUAUGGACAAUUGAAGAAAGGGGCAAAUGAAUCGACCAAAUCUUUAAAUCGUGGAUUAUCGGAAUUUAUAGUGAUGGCCGCAGAUGCCCAACCAUUAGAAAUUUUACUGCAUUUGCCACUACUAUGCGAAGAUAAAAAUGUGCCAUAUGUAUUUGUUAGAAGCAAACAGGCUUUGGGACGCGCUUGUGGAGUUUCCAGACCAGUAGUAGCAUGCUCUAUAACAAUCAAUGAAGGCUCGCAAUUAAAGUCACAGAUCAAGUCAAUACAACAGGAAAUAGAGCGACUUUUAGUUUAAAUCGGAAAUUCAUGAUCACAAUCAUAUUUUAUAUUAUUUUUA